AUGAAACUGGUUUUUACCAUUCUACCGAUUUUUAUCGCGCUCGGCACAGGUACACUUUAAAUUAUUUCUGCGGUCUACAAAUCUUGGGGCCGCUUCAGUCUCGGUAAUUUCACAGGGCCGAUUGUAUAUCGCUUGACACCGAAGGAGCCCUUAUUUCGAGAAACGUCUGUUUCAAUUGAGCACUCGACUGAAAACAUUCUUCUUCCUAUUACAACUGAAGUUAUUUCCAUUUUGUUUUUUCGCUACCAUGGAUGUAACCGAACAAACUGGUUGUAUUGAAUGUCGUAUUCAUGUUUCGGAAGCAUUUUUAUUUUUACGUUUAUUCGGAAAUAAUCCACAAAGCAUAGCCAUCACGUAUUUUACUUUAAUCUGCUCAAAGUCAUUAACAUCCGCGCUUUAAGUAAAGCUAUGAACAUAAGGAUAAUAUGACAUAAUUAUGAUAAGUCAAAAUUAUGGUAAAUUCCGGCUUCAACGAAUCCUACAUUUACUUCUACAAACUUGGGCUUAAAAGUCCCUUCUCCAGGACUUUUCCAAGUUUCCGAAAGAAAUACCAUAACGUCUUAUUAAAAGGGGACUUUUUAGAACACGAGCAUUUAUUUACAGUGAUUUAUUGAUAAUUCAUUUGUCACUCUUUUUCUUGAGAACUGAGCGCUAUAAAACUGAAUGAACAGUUGCUGUUUAUUGCAUGAGGCGACCAAAGAACUGAGGCUAAUUCACUCUAUUUUUAUCAGCUGCAUGUAACACAGUGACAAGUUUCAUCUGUUCAGAUAGGUGGAAUCGUGAGUAUUCAAAGGAAGUUAUUAGACCUUUCAACUCUUUAGAUAAACAGAAUAUUCUAAAGGAAACAGUAUCGGCAAAAUAAAUCAAGGACAACUAUUGAACCUAAAUCAAUUGCUUUAUGGACAUGUAAUUUGUACAAUCACUGCCAAUAAAAUUUGGUGGCCGUUAACCACCAUUUCUAUUUAUACACUUGAUUCACGGACGUUGUAAACAUUUUGAUAUUUGAUAAAAAAUUCACUGGCCGUGAAUUAGCUAUUUUCACCAAGUUUUACUGAAAAACGGUGAACUGUUCUUGUUUCUAACAGUUCAGUCGGACGAUAAAUUCAAGCGAGAUGUCACUGAUGCGGCAUUGAUGACCACUCUACGAAGUAUUGAACGCAGACUAAAAUUUGGUAAAUAACUUCAAGCAAAGCUUAUAUUUUCACUCCAGUUGGUUAGAGUUUUCUGAUUUUGUUAAGGGUUUGAAGGGAAAAUUAGCCAAGCGUAUGAAGAACGGGUAACAGAACCACUAUUUUGACUAACUAGCUCUAGCCAAAAAACCAACACCCACUAAUUAAAUAGCUUAACUGUAGACUAACUAUGAUGGGAUGACUUUCUGAUCGUGUACUAAGCUUAUUAAAGACAAACCUUACGGAUAAAUCCAACAAUAUUCAUAGAAAUAACCUUUUUUUGGUUUUUCAUUGAGAAGGUCCUUGUCCGAGUGGCUGGACAUAUUUUAAAGGCUACUGUUACUUGGUGAGCAACUCCAUCAAGACUUGGCACCAGGCCCAAGCCUACUGUAAAAGACUGGGUGAAGAUCUGGUGAAGAUCAACAGUGAAGAGCAAAACGAGUUUGUACUGAAGCUGGUUAACAAGCGCGCUCCGUCAUUGCGUCAGGUUUGGUUGGCACUGGAGUGGAACCCGCAAAGAAAAGCGUUUAUCUGGGCUGACAACUCAAUUCCAACAUUCAAGAAAUGGUUUGCAGGUGAGCCGAAUGGAAAUGCUCAUGAACCAUGCAGCAAUUUUUGGACCAGGGAAAAUUCCCCCGGGAUAAAUGGACACUGGAAUGACCUAUCCUGUUGGAAUCAAAAUGUCCCCUGUGGUAUUGUCUGCAAGAGGCUGCCUUAG